UUAGCAAGUUUAUAGAUCUAUAAAUCAUUAUCGUCCUGUAAAAAAAAAUCAAAACAGGUUUGUUUCAACACUAAACAGAACAGCUUUCUUUCUGCUGCGACAGAUGCGCAAAGUAUAAAACACCCCCCUGCUUGCAUGCAAACAACAAAGAUAAACAAAAACAUGUAUACACGGUAGUGAGAGGGGGAAAAAUUAAACACCGGGACGAUUAACUCCUUUACUCUCCGGGGCAGAUGGUUCCUCCUAAGAUACAGUAUGUUUUGCAUUGUACCUAUAGCCAUUGACGGAAAGACCAAGUGAUGAUGCUGAAAACGUCCGAAGUGUUCCGAACUCAUCGGUAGCAGCAGAUGAUUUGAUACAUUGUAUUGGAUUCUAUCGAUAGUAUAUACAUGCAUCUCUUUGAUUGAGGGAUAUAUUUUACUCCAGUUCUAGCUCUCUGUACAUUCAUAAAGGAAAUUAAUUAUUACUUAGGAAGUUUUUAUAUCAAAAAGAUAAAAACAUAUGUUCAGGCAGAAAGUGCAGUUUGUUUUUUCUCUCGGAGACACUGGAUAAAAUCAAGCGCGAAAACAAAGUGGAUUCCAUUCUCAAUUUUGUGAAUGAUGAAUAAUGUCUGCAAAGUCAAAGACAAAUUGCUGUGCGACAUAUUGGAAGAUCCAUAUUCCUUUUGGGACAAAAUUCCAUGCCCACCGCCCUCGAACCCUCAAAUUCUGUUUCAAGUGGAUUACAGGCAACUUUUAGGUGAAGACGACGGGUUGAGAAUAAUAUUUAGGAUAGCGAGGCGCUGUGACAUUCCUGUACCGGAAAUGCUGACGUCGCCUGCUCGCCUCGGCGGCAACGCCAUCUUUACUCAUUGUGAUUCUAACUGUGUGAACGCGAUCGUAUUUUCUUGUUUAAUUUUCUUUAUUGUGAUGGUGAUUGUAGUUAUAUACAUAGCAAGGAACCAGAGUCGAUUCAAGUCUUUAUCCAUGGUGCCAAACAGAUCACGAAUGCGAUGCAAUUGUAUCCAGCUCGACGGGGAGAAGAAAUAUAGUGGUUGUAAUGGAAACUGUCAGUUUAGUUCCGGUAAAUAUACAAAGACUGGAUCAAUGGCGAGACAAAGCAAAAAAAGUCUGGAACAUUCCGAGCCAUUAGAGAGCACUUACCGAAAAUUUCCAUGUGUGGAUGUGUUCGACUCACAAAUCGCGCCGGUGCGAUGUGAAAAAACGGGAAGUGAGCAUUAUGAGGACCUUGAGAAAUAUAAUUCUCGAAUCAACGAAUUCACCUUGUUAAGGAAAGCAUUCAAAAAGUACUACGGUAAAGAUAUUGAUUUCACGGAGUCACCGUAUUCUCGGAAAACGGAAGAGACGUAUGCUUGCGGAAGUGACGACAUAGAAAUGACGUCGAUGAAUUCAGAAGAAAGUCCGAAAAGUGCCGGGAAACGUUCGGAUUCUGAUUUCGACGAAAAUGCUGAAAAUCAUUAUAACGAUAUAGAUUGUGAUUUGAUGAUCAAUGAAGUCAAUCUAUCCAACUCUACAUACAGCUUUAGCAGCUCGACGAACCACAUAUACGCAACGAUAAGAAAAAGUGUGUUCGAUGCGAAUUGUAGACCUUGUUUACUGAAGGAACCGUUUACAAGUAGUACGUUAAAAUCGAUUUAUUCGGAUGAUUCUGAUUGUGAAGGGAGUUUAAUUCGCGAUAAAGACCGGUCGUCUGGAAUAGAUUUCCAAAGACUGCACACAAAGCACGUGUUCGAACGAUUGACUUCAACAGGAUCGAAUCGAACCGAUCUCUCGUUUCUCAGCGACGACUCGGUCGAACUCUUGGUUCCUGAUAGAAAUUCGCGUUGUUCGACAUUCAAGUGAAUUCGAUCAAUUAAAAUACAUGUAUCCCUGUUUUUUGCCUUAAAAAGAAAAUAUUAACGUUACUUUGUCGGCGUAAGCGGAACAUCAAGUGAUUCAAACAACAGUCAUUCUACCAUUGUGCCAUAUUCGUGGUUUUAUAUUUUUAGAAUCAUCUUGAUUCAUAAAGAUGAAAUAUAUUCUAUACAAAAACAAAAACAAACGUC